AUGGAGACCGCCGCCGCCGUAGCAGAGCACGUCAUUCUCACCGUCGACGUCGACCACCACGAUCAACCUAACCACACCAACAAAAAGACCAAACAACCACCGCCGCCUUCGCCGUCGUCGAAAACCCUCCACCGUCUCAACUUCUCCAAACCGAGAUCCCGCUUCUCCGAGCCCAACACUCCCACUGCCCGCACCUACAUUACCCAUCUUUCCUCCGAUGAAUCCGAAUCCGAGGAAGACGAGGAUUUCGAUCCAGCCGACGACGGAGACCCAAAACGACGCCGUUCAAGGAAGUACUCCAGGUUCAUCAAACUGAAAGCCACAAAGAGGGCAUGGACAGAGUUCAGCUUCUUCCUCAUCCUCGCUUCCUUCCUGAUCUACUCCCUCACCUUCACCCCCUUGAAGCACAAGACCGAAUUCGGCAUCGAGAUCUGGAAAUGGUGCCUGAUGGUGCUGGUACUCUUCUCGGGCCGGCUAGUCUCCGGCUGGGCCGUCGGGUUUCUUGUCUUCCUAAUUGAACGCAACUUCAUGCUCAAGGAAAAAGUCGUCUACUUCGUCUACGGCCUAAGGAGGAGCUUCCAGAACUGCGCCUGGCUCGCCCUCGCCCUCCUCGCCUGGACCGUCAUCAUGUUCGGCGACACCGACGACGAGAAAAACGCCGCCGUUCUGAAGAAGCUCUUCCGCGGGCUGGUGGCGGUGCUCAUCGGCGCCACGCUCUGGCUCAUCAAGAUCCUCCUGGUCAAGGUCCUGGCUUCCUCGUUCCACGUGACGACAUACUUCGACCGCAUGAAGGAGAGCGUGUUCCAUCACUACAUCCUCGACGCCCUCUCCGGUCCUCCCCUGGAAGUUGCCGUUGUGGAAGCAGGACGGCGGCGUAGAGGGUGGUCGUUGAGGCCGUCGAAGUCUCUGCCACCGGAGAUCAAGGAGACGAGGCCUGCAGCAGAGGCGGCGGCAGAGGUGGGGAGUAGGUGGAGGAGCAUUAGCAGCGGCGGAGGGCCGAGGAGGAUUGACAUGGAGAGGCUUAAAAAGCUGAGUAUGGAGAGGAGAGCCAGCGCGUUGAGUGUGAAGAGGCUGGUCAACUACAUCAAGUCGUCGGGCCUUUCCACCAUUUCCACGGCGGUUGAUGGUUUCGGCCAGUCGGAGGAGAUUCACAGCGAGGUGGAGGCUAGAAGCUGUGGUCGAAGGAUCUUCCGCAAUGUUGCCAAGCCAGCUGCCAAGUACAUAGAAGAGGAAGAUCUGUUGAGGUUCUUGACCACGGAAGAGGUGCACACCAUAUUCCCGCUCUUUGAAGGAGCUCUUGAAACCGGGAGAAUCACGAAAUCGUCGUUCAAGAACUGGGUCGUGCGUGCUUACGUGGAGAGGAAGGCGCUGGCGCAUUCCUUGAACGACACGAAAACGGCGGUCCACCAGCUGCACAAGCUGGCGAGUGCGGUAGCGAUGGUGGUGAUAGUGGUGAUGUCACUUCUGGUGAUGGGUCUGGCGACGACCAAGGUUCUGCUCGUCGUCACGUCGCAGCUGUUGCUUGUGGGGUUCAUGUUCCAGAACACCUGCAAGACCAUGUUCGAGUCUAUCAUCUUUGUGUUUGUCAUGCACCCUUUCGACGUUGGGGAUCGAUGUGUCAUCGAUGGCGUGCAGAUGAUUGUGGAGGAGAUGAACAUUCUGACGACGGUGUUCCUGAGGUAUGACAUGGAGAAGAUAUACUACCCCAACUCUGUUCUCAUUUCCAAGCCUAUCAGCAACUUCAGGAGAAGCCCGGAUAUGGGGGAUUCGGUUGAUUUCACGAUUGAUGUCUCCACUUCGAUUGAUGAUUUCAAUGCCCUGAAGAAAGCCAUACAAACAUACAUCGAGAGCAAGCCAAAGCACUGGAACCCAAAGCACUCGGUUGUGGUGAAGGAGAUUGAGAAUGUGGAUAAGAUGAAGCUAACUCUAGCCGUUCAGCACACCAUGAACCAUCAAAACUACGGUGAAAAGAGCAGCAGAAGAUCAGAACUCGUCUUUGAGCUCAAAAAGAUUUUCGACAACCUGGGUAUAAAGUACCAUCUCCUUCCUCAGCAGGUACAUCUCACUCAAUUGACGAAUACAAGCAACAGUGGAAGGUUGUCAAUCUAGUGUUCUCUGCUACAGAGAAGCAAUGAUGCUCCUCGCAGUAACCAACGAGUGUAUGUAGACAAACAGGUUGUUAUGUCAUGGUGUUUAUGUUCAGUUCCUAGAGAAUUAUUCACUUCUCAGGCAUAUUCUUACCAGAUGAAACUCGAUCUAUACACUGUACAAAUUGUCUGCAGCAAAGUAUUAUUAAUCCAAAACAGAAACAAA